UACGCUUUCCAGAUCUAGAAGAAACAAUGCAAUCUUCCCCGAUCCUAUUAGACUUCUCCCCCGCCUUUCACCACCCACGCGCCGCCGCGUUAGCCACUACUUCCGCCGUAACCAAUUCACAUCCUCCGACGAGAAAAUUUCGCUCUCUAUCCUCCUUUUCUCCUUCCUCGACACUAUUAGCUUCUUCUUCUUCUUCUUCUUGUUCUUCUUCUCGUAGAUGUUUCACCUGCCGAUUUGGCGACGGUUCUUCGCGGUUCGAUACGAGCGAGGAUGAAAAUGAAAUUGAAAUCGAAAUCGAUGAUGAAGAUGAUUAUUGUUUGACAGAUGGGAAGACAGAGGAAUUGGUAGGCGACGAUGGAGUUCUCAUAGAGGUGAAGAAACUCGAGAAGAGCUCUCGGCGGAUUCGUUCCAAGGUUGGUAUGGAAGCGAGCCUCGAUUCGGUUUGGAGCGUAUUGACUGAUUACGAGAAGUUAUCUGAUUUCAUCCCAGGCCUUGUUGUUAGCGAAUUGGUUGAGAAAGAAGGGAACCGUGUUCGUCUUUUCCAGAUGGGACAGCAGAACUUAGCACUGGGUCUUAAGUUCAAUGCCAAAGCUGUUCUAGAUUGUUUUGAGAAAGAGCUUGAGAUUUUGCCACAUGGGAGGAGACGUGAAAUCGAUUUUAAGAUGGUCGAAGGCGAUUUCCAAUUGUUUGAAGGCAAAUGGUCCAUUGAACAACUUGACAAAGGGAUUCACCAGGAGGAUAUGGAUUUUCAGUUUAAAGAUUUCCGGACGACGCUUGCAUACACGGUGGAUGUAAAACCAAAGAUGUGGUUGCCAGUGCGGCUAGUUGAAGGAAGAUUAUGCAAAGAGAUCAAAACAAAUCUUUUGAGUAUCCGAGAUGCAGCUCAGAAAGUUAUCGAAGGUGUUAUUCAUGAUCUUUGAGUUUUCUCUUAUACCAAGCUGAGGUAGCCACUUCUCUGCAGGUUAGAAGAUAUAGAUACGAUGAGCCUAUAUAGUUUCUUUUUGGUGACUUUUGAAAGGUUAUGUAAGUGGCUUUAUAUACACAUUGUUCUCAACUGUAUAUUCUGAAUCUUUAAGCUUUGAAUAUACCAAGUUUUAACUCACA